UGAAACUGUAUCACUGUUUGGAUUUCUUGCUGUUGGUCAAGGAACCUUUGGUGUGAACGAGGCUGAGAACCGAAGAGAUAUCACAAAAUGACAACAGCAGACAAACCCCUGAAGGAGGGACAGCUGCAUGUGAAACAAAACAAAUUUGGGAAGAAGUGGAAGCGCUGUUAUGCCAUUUUGUACCCAGACUCGCCAUUUGGGGUGGCACGCUUAGAGUUUUAUGACUGGAAGGAUGGCACAGUCACUGGAGACAAGACGUUCACUCGCCGUACAAAUGACCGCAAGAUUGUUCGUCUGGCAGAGUGUAUAUGUGUUAAACUUACAACAGCAGAGAGUGGAGCGAAGGAAAACAUGGUGGCUUUCACUAUAGAAACAAAUGACAAAACAAUACUACUCUCUGCAGAGCCCACACUCGCCAAUGAAUGGAUACAAAAGCUGAGUGAAGUUGCUUUCUUGAACAAAGCCACAAGCACGCAAGCCUCCAAGGAGAAAGAGUCCACGAAUAAUCCAGAUUGUGCAGCCUUAGAGAUGGCCGUAAAUACUAUCUACAUCUCGCGAGAAGAAGCUAGUGAGUUCUGGGUCACUGUGCAGCGGACUGAAGCAGCAGAGCGGUGCUCUCUAAGAGGCUUAUAUAUCCUAUGCACAGAUGUAGACUGUCUGAUCUUAAAGGACUCAAAUUCUAAGGAAAUGCUAUACUCCUGGCCCUACAAACUUCUUCGCAGAUAUGGACGAGACAAGGUAAUGUUUUCUUUUGAGGCUGGCAGAAGAUGCUCCUCAGGCGCAGGAAAUUUCACUUUUGAGACCUCUCAAGGCCAUGAAAUCUUUCAGAGGGUAGAAACUUCUAUAAGAGCCCAUCAGGGUCCAGAAAAUCGUUUAAGUUGCCCAGCCCUGGAUACUGAAUACCCUACAGACAUUGCACAAGUUCUUGAACCUGCUGAUUUUGAGGUCCAUGUCAAAAGUGGGGCUAUAAGAAAAGAGACAGAGGAGAAGCCUCUCAAAAGUCGAAAUCUCCCUAACCUCCAUUUGACUAAACCUACUCCACCUCAGCAUUUUCGUGACCCCUCGGUUCAUGGUGUGAAGCCUGUUAACUCGAGCACUCCACCCCGCUCCCCAAAUUCCCGCUCCCCAAGUCACAAUUCAGGGGGUAUUUCUGAGCACCUUCUGGGAGUAUAUUCUGAGCCCAAGGAUUCCAUUAAGGGAACACAAUAUCAUUUUGAUCCUCUCUAUUCUGACCCUGUAGACAGUGUGGCUGCUAUAGGUGUGAAAGAUCAGAGGUCAAAAAUAAAUACCAGUGGCAUUUAUUCAGAUCUCUAUGAGCAAGUUGGUUUAGAGGUUGUAGGAAGUGGAACCACAAAGAAACUUCAAGGAUACAUAGGACCAGGCCAAGCCACUGAGGAGCAUAUCUAUGAUGAGCCAGAGGGGAUAGCACCAUCUUCAGAGCCCCCACAGUUAUACUCAGAGGUGCGCAUGGAAGGAGGUGCCUGGAGAAGACAAGCUAAUGAUGAGAAGCUUGCCUAUGAGUACCCUUACAACACAAGCACAGAUGACUAUUCUGUACCAAAUUCCCAAUUCCAACGCAAUCAGCCUCGUGGAAGAGUACCUGGCCCAAAACCUGUGCCAGCACCGAAACCACAGGGAAUUGUUAAACCCAAACCUCAGGUCAAAGAUAAGGACUCUGAGGUAACCUCCAACAGCAACAACAAUAACAGCAGCAUAGAUGUAAUGUACAGCACAAUCCAGAAACCUGGUCAGUCUGUCAGGCCAGAUAAAUUAAUCUCUCCACCUGUGCCAUCACUAACUCUUCCAUCUAAGUCAUUACCAUCAACAGAAAAGUCUUCAUCAUCCAAACCUCUUCCAUCCAAACCACUGACAGUGCCAAUCUUGCCACAUCCAGCCAAACCCUUACCAAUGCCACCAGCUUUUGUAAAACUGCAUACCGGAGUCCCUUCUACUACUGUGCUACACACUUCAAGUGUCUCCCAGCUCAGUCAAUCUCCUGUUUUUUCAGAGAUAGAGCUCUCAGUUGACAGUAGUCGCACCACAUCAGUUUAUGAGGAUAUGGGGGUGCUCUGAUGUCAUCCCAUUCUGAUUCUUACGGUUUAAUUAUAUCUGUUAUCUGGUGGUGCCACACAAUGAGUGUGUAUGCCUAUGCAAUAUCUCGCCAUACUUACUAACAGUCAGAGGACUUGCUGCUCGCAAAGGACAUUAAAGGAUUCAUGUACUGACAAGCUGCAAUACCUCUUUAGGAUCCAUUCAUGUCAUAAUAAGGUGCAGAAACCCUUUAGGAUCCAUGCAUGCACUUCCAAGCUGCAAUACCCCUUUAGAAUCCAUUCAUGUCAUGACAAGCUGCAAUACCCCUUUAGGAUCCAUUCAUGUACUGCCAAGCUGCAAUACCCCUUUAGAAUCCAUUCAUGUCAUGACAAGCUGCAAUACCCCUUUAGGAUCCAUUCAUGUACUGCCAAGCUGCAAUACCCCUUUAGGAUCCAUUCAUGUCAUGAUAAGGUGCAGAAACCUUUUAGGAUCCAUUCAUGUCAUGACAAGCUGCAAUACCCCUUUAGGAUCCAUUCAUGUACUGCCAAGCUGCAAUACCCCUUUAUGAUCCAUUCAUGUCAUGAUAAGCUGCAAUACCCCUUUAGGAUCCAUUCAUGUACUGCCAAGCUGCAAUACCCCUUUAGGAUCCAUUCAUGUCAUGAUAAGCUGCAGAACCCCUUUAGGAUCCAUUCAUGUCAUGAUACAGUGCAGAACCCCUUUAGGAUCCAUUCAUGUCAUGAUAAGCUGCAGAACCCCUUUAGGAUCCAUUUAUGUCAUGAUAAGCUGCAGAACCCCUUUAGGAUCCAUUCAUGUCAUGAUACAGUGCAGAGCCCCUUUAGGAUCCAUUCAUGUCAUGAUACAGUGCAGAACCCAUUUAGGAUCCAUUUAUGUCAUGAUAAGCUGCAGAACCCCUUUAGGAUCCAUUCAUGUCAUGAUACAGCGCAGAACCCAUUUAGGAUCGAUUGAUGUCAUGAUACAGUGCAGAACCCCUUUAGGAUCCAUUC